AUGGCAUCCAACUUGUCAACGCAAAUACUACUUAAGGGUAUUCAGCCAAUUGAAUUAUUUACAGCUGGGGACGAACAAGAUCCGAUGACAUGGAUUCAAAGUGUCGAGGAAUUGUUUGAUGCUACGAAAGUUGAUAAUAAUGAUCGACGACGUUUACUCCCCAUGUAUUUUGGCGAUGAUGUCAAGAAGUGGUAUCGUAGCGAGACACUUAGCAGUGACUAUGAUGAAUUCAAGCAACAAUUCAUUAACUCAUUUACAUCGUCUGUACAUAAAUUAAAGGUUUCGACUAAAUUGAUGAAUCGACGCCAAGGUAACGACGAGUCAGUUCAAUCGUAUUACUACGAUAUUCUAGCAUUAUGUGCUCGUUUUAAUUCGAACAUGAUGGAAGACGAAAAAAUAUUAUAUCUACUUCGUGGUUUAAAACCAUCCAUACAACAGCAUGUCAUAAUGAGUGAUCCUAAGACAUGCAAAGAUUUAUUCGAACAUGCAAAACGAGCCGAAGCUGCUGCAACAGUAAGUUCACCAUCAUCAGAACAGACAUCAACAAUCACCAAUGAACUUAUGGACGAGACAACAGCUGCUCUUCGUCGUACAUCAAUUAAUCAAAAUAUUCCGUCAAAUGUUCAUUCAAUUCGAAAAACUUUGAAUAAUCGAGGUAAAUCAAACAAUUAUCAUGCACAUGAACGCUCCAAUCAGAGCCAAUAUCGUAAAUUUCCAAAACCAAAUUCAUCCAACUUUACGUGCUAUAACUGUAAUGGAAUCGGACACUAUGCAUACCAAUGCCCUAGUUAUUUAAACUAA